AACACCAACAGCUUUCAGGGAGUCGCAGAGACUAGCAGCGGCGAGAAGCGAAACGCGAGCGCAGCAAGACAGCACAGGGCCCGACACCGCCGGUUCUCUUCGAGAAUCCCGACACGAUGGCCGACGACAGAGCCGCUUCCUCUGCUCCCGCCGUCACCAAGAAGAAGGCCGCGAACCGGCUGGUGGUGGAGGAGGCGACCACAGACGACAACUCCAUCUGUAUGCUCAACCCGGCCACCAUGGACAAGCUCUCCAUCUUCCACGGCGACGUCGUCCUGCUCAAAGGAAAGCGCCGCCGCGACACGGUCUGCAUAGCCAUGUCGGACGAGCACUGCGAGGAGAGCAAGAUCAAGAUCAACAAGGCGGUCCGCUCGAACCUCCGCGUGCGCCUCGCCGACGUCGUGUCCGUGCACGUGUGCCACGACGCCAAGUACGGGGCGCGCGUCCACAUCCUCCCCGUCGACGACACCGUCGAGGGCCUCACGGGGGACCUCUUGGAGGCGUACCUGAAGCCUUACUUCCUCCACGCAUACCGCCCGGUCCGCAAGGGCGACCUCUUCCUCGUGCGCGGCGGCAUGCGGAGCGUCGAGUUCAAGGUCAUGGACAUCGAGCCUGCGGCUGAGUACUGCAUCGUCGCGCUCGACACGGAGAUCUUCUGCGACGGCGAGCCAGUGAAGCGUGAGGACGAGGAGAGGCUGGACGACGUCGGCUACGAUGACGUCGGAGGCAUGCGCAAGCAGUUGGGCCAGAUCAGGGAGCUCGUCGAGCUGCCUCUCAGGCACCCGCAGUUGUUCAGGUCCAUUGGGGUCAAGCCUCCAAAAGGCAUCCUUUUGUACGGCCCUCCCGGCUCCGGCAAGACUCUUAUCGCUCGUGCUGUGGCCAACGAGACAGGUGCAUUCUUCUUCUGCAUCAACGGGCCGGAAAUCAUGUCGAAGAUGGCCGGAGAGAGCGAGAGCAAUUUGAGGAAGGCGUUCGAGGAGGCCGAGAAGAACGCGCCAUCCAUCAUCUUCGUUGACGAGAUCGACUCGAUCGCCCCAAAGAGGGAGAAGACCCACGGGGAGGUUGAGAAGCGUAUUGUCUCCCAGCUGCUCACGCUGAUGGACGGGCUGAAGGCACGCGCGCAUGUUAUCGUCAUGGGCGCGACGAACCGCCCGAACAGCAUCGACCCUGCUUUGAGACGGUUCGGCAGGUUCGAUCGCGAGAUCGACAUUGGCGUGCCGGACGAGGUUGGUCGCCUUGAGGUGUUGCGUAUUCAUACAAAGAACAUGAAGCUCGCUGAGGAUGUGAACCUGGAGGUUGUGGCCAAGGACACGCAUGGGUAUGUUGGUGCUGACCUCGCCGCCCUCUGCACUGAGGCUGCUCUGCAAUGCAUAAGGGAGAAGAUGGACGUGAUUGACCUAGAGGACGAGACAAUCGAUGCAGAAAUUCUUAACUCGAUGGCCAUCACAAAUGACCAUCUCAAGAUUGCUCUUGCUGGCACCAAUCCAUCUGCGCUACGUGAAACGGUGGUCGAGGUGCCCAAUGUCAGCUGGGCGGACAUCGGAGGCCUCGAGGGCGUCAAGAGGGAACUGCAAGAAACAGUUCAGUACCCGGUGGAGCAUCCGGACAAGUUCGAAAAGUUUGGCAUGUCCCCUUCCAAGGGCGUGCUGUUCUACGGACCACCGGGUUGCGGCAAGACUCUUCUCGCAAAGGCGAUCGCGAAUGAAUGUCAAGCAAACUUUAUCAGCGUCAAAGGCCCUGAGCUGCUGACCAUGUGGUUCGGCGAGAGCGAGGCCAACGUCCGUGAGAUCUUUGACAAGGCGCGUCAGUCUGCUCCGUGCGUCCUAUUCUUCGAUGAGCUCGAUUCAAUCGCGACGCAGAGGGGCGGCAGCGUGGGAGACGCUGGAGGUGCUGGGGACAGGGUCCUCAACCAGCUGCUCACCGAGAUGGACGGCAUGAAUGCAAAGAAGACGGUGUUCAUCAUCGGCGCCACCAACCGGCCGGACAUCAUCGAUCCCGCGCUGCUCCGUCCUGGCCGUCUCGACCAGCUUAUCUACAUCCCCUUGCCCGACGAGGCUUCGCGCCACCAGAUCUUUAAGGCGUGCCUGAGGAAGUCCCCCGUUGCGAGCAACGUCGACCUUGGCGCGCUCGCCAAGUUCACGGCGGGCUUCAGCGGUGCGGACAUUACCGAGAUUUGCCAGAGGGCGUGCAAGUAUGCCAUCCGUGAAGACAUUGAGAAAGACAUCGAGCGGCAAAGGAAGUCCAAGGAGAACUCGGAAGACACAGAGGUGGACUGCACCGAGGAGCCGGCACAGAUCAAGGUGCCUCACUUUGAGGAGUCCAUGAAGUACGCGCGGAGGAGCGUCAGCGACGCGGACAUCCGGAGGUAUCAGGCGUUCGCGCAGACGCUGCAGCAAUCGAGGGGUUUCGGCAGCGAGUUCCGCUUCUCGACGCAUUCCAAACCGGCUGAACCUGCUGUGACGGCCAACGCCGACGAGGAUGAUCUUUACAACUGAUCCAACAACCGUGGCUGGCAGUUAGCCACUUAGCAUAGAUUCUUCUUCUUUUCUUUCUUUUUUUAAAGCAUUGCUAUUAAUCUAGUCAAAUUUUUUUUCAUUGUUUCGGUGUACUUCUUUUCCCUUAGAUUUGACUUAACAAUAGGGGAUUGAUCUUUAUCUUGUCUAUUGUCAUCGUGUAUUUCCUUUCGUUCUAUAAUUUUCACCAUGUACAGUUUAUGCAACAAGAAACUCUUCCUUUUACUUCUUA